CUAGCUUAUCUCUUUUCCUGUAGCAUGCGUGAGAAGGCAGUUCGAGAGCUGCUUACCCGGCACUGCCAGCUAUUGGAGACCCCUGAAUCUUGGGAUAAGGAGGCUUUCCUUACCCAGAAGCUUUGUGUGCCUGCCGAGUGGAUUCAUGAGGCCAAAGCAGUGCGAGCACACAUGGAAUCUGACAAGCACUUGGAGGCCCUCUAUUUAUUUAAAGCUGGACACUGGAACCGCUGCCACAAACUCGUCAUCCGGCACUUAGCUUCUGAUGCCAUCAUUAAUGAGAACUAUGACUACCUAAAGGGGUUCUUGGAAGACCUGGCACCUCCAGAACGCAGCAGCCUAAUUCAGGACUGGGAAACAUCUGGACUUGUUUACCUGGACUACAUUCAGAUCAUUGAAAUGCUUCACCAUAUACAGCAGGUGGAUUGCUCAGGUUAUGAGCUGGAGCAGUUACAUGCCAAAGUGUCUUCACUGUGCAACCGGGUAGAGCAGAUCCAAUGUUACAAUGCCAAGGAUCGCCUAGCUCAAUCAGACAUGGCCAAACGUGUAGCCAACCUACUGCGGGUGGUACUGAGUCUACAGCAUGCUCCCGAGGCAACCUCCGACUCAACGCCAGACCCUCAGCGAGUCCCUUGGCGCCUGUUGGCUCCCCACGUUGGCCGGCUUCCCAUGCCUGAGGAUUACGCCUUGGAGGAGCUGCGCAGCCUCACACAGUCCUAUCUGCGAGAACUGACUGUUGGGAGCCAAUGAGCCCCAGGCUCCUCGCAUCACACUCACAUGCCCAUUCACACUCACCACAAAGGUCCCUGCCUUGUUUUUAUUGGCCCUGUUUGCCAUUCUGGGUUGGCUAUAGAAUCCACCCCCUCGUCCCCCUUCCUGCUGCCACAAGCAGCAUCCCCUAUUUGUUCAGGGCUUUUGUUAAUACUGAACAUAGCAUAAGGGCUUCUAGAACCCAAAAAAGGAGAUGCACUCCUUUUACCAUCUUCAAGACCAUUAGAUUUUUUUUUCCCCUCUUUAAAAAUUGUCAGUAAAGAUUCUUUGGCAGACUCCUCAAAGGAACCAGGAAUCCUUUUCUACACCCAGCCAUUCUGGCUCUUGUGACGCUCCAGGCCAACCUGCCCUACUCCUACCCCAGCUCUUUUGUACUAGGACUCUUUAGGAGGAAUGAGACAGGUGAUGGGACAAAUGUGUUGAUCCAGGAAUGUCCUUCCGUAGCAGAUAAACUAUCCACAGAAGGAGGAGGAAACCUCUCCCUGAAGUAGAUUGUUAGUUAAUAUUGAGUUUAGGAGUCAAAAGAGGGUUGGACUGAGUUAGGAAACAACAAGGUCUUUCCAGCACAUUUAGAGUAGAAGUGAAUGCCUGCCAUGAAGGGGUCAGUCUUCAAGGCUUGUUUUGUUUCAUGAGCACCAUACCUUUCCUGGUUUUGUCAUGUUAUUUAGAACUCUGUCUGGAUUUGCCUGAGGGUUUAGAUAAAAAAUGGUAGGUUGGGUAGCCCUUUUUGUUCCAUAUUAUUCCCAAGGCAUUUCUCACCUUUCAUCUAUCCUCCCAGAAGGUAAAACCAUUACUGAGGCAGGCAAGGAGCUGAGCUUUAGGAGCAGUCAGAGAACCUUUGCUGCACUGCUGCCAGCUGUAGGGAGUCCCAGGAAAUGGCCUGAGAGCUGGUGUUAGGGCUGUCACAGGCACCAUGGCCACCCCUGGGUCUUUAUGCAUGAAGAUUAUGUAAAGGUUUUUAUUAAAAUAUAUAUAUAUAAAUAAAUGACCUAGAUUAUUUUCCUCUUUUUCUGAAGCUACUUUCUUAAAAAAAUAAAAUAAAAUGUUUAUAGCAUUCCUUGUA